AGCAGUGCGCACUACUAGCUUAUUAGCUAGCCAUGGCGAAGAAGAAAGCCGCCGUGGUCGCUACGCUCCUGGCCCUCAACCUCCUCUUCUUCGCCUUCGCCGACGCCUGCGGCUGCAAGUGCGGCGCCUGCCCUAGUCCAGGCGGUGGCGGGGGAGGAGGCAGUGGGGGGGGUGGUGGAUCUGGCGGCAGCGGCGGCGGCGGAGGCAGCAGUGGAGGCGGCAGCGGCGGGGGUGGAAGCGGCGGCGGAGGCGGAGGGGGAGGCAGCGGCGGCGGCGGCGGAGGAGGAGGCGGCGGCGGCGGAGGCACCGGCGGACGCGGUCGUUGCCCCAUCGACGCUCUGAAGCUUGGCGUGUGCGCGAACGUGCUGAGCGGUCUGAUCAACGUGACCCUGGGGACGCCGCCGCGGACGCCGUGCUGCACGCUGAUCCAGGGGCUGGCGGACCUGGAGGCGGCGGUGUGCCUGUGCACGGCGCUGCGGGCCAACGUGCUGGGCAUCACCCUCAACCUGCCUGUCAACCUCAGCCUCCUCGUCAACUACUGCGGCAGGCGCGUCCCAUCGGGAUUCCAGUGCGCCUAGCCUAGCUCAUCUAUCGAUCCCUGCCUGCCUGCCUGCCUGCCUGCAGAUCCCAAGCCUAUUAGCUGAAACUCCUACAUAUAUACUACCAUGCAUGCAUGUGUGUGUGUGUGUGUUCAAUAAUCCAACAUAUAUAUAUAUAUAUAUAUAUAUAUAUAGCUAAUGUAAUUUGCGAGUGAGUGUUUACUUUAUUUAUCCAUGCAUCAUGCAUGCUUGCUUGCAUGACAACCAUAUCAUCACAUGUAUGUAUGCAGUACGUCGUCUUUGCUUUGUGUGUGAUCACCAAUGCAAUAUUAUUAUUAUUAUCUAUCCAUGCUAGUUAGCUGGCUGGCUAGCGAUGAAAUAAUAAUAAUAAUAAUAAUAAAAUAAUAGAUUAUUUUGGUGGCCACAGCCACUCCUA